UAUGCUAACCAUGUGUAUUUGUAACAGUAAAUAAUGUCGCGUUAUAUGAAAGCAGAGAAGAAACAAUUUUCCAAAAAUGUUCAUGACUUUAUUAUUCGCCCAUUGUUGAGGCAGCGACAGACAGGAGAGCUAUGCGACAUUACAUUGAUAAUCAACGGGAAGAAAUUCAGUGCUCAUCGUUCAAUUCUUGGAUUAUGGAGUCCAUAUUUUCUUUCAAUGUUUACAUGCGAGAUGAGAGAAAAGUCUCUAGAGGAAAUUGAUCUGACGGAAUCUCUUGUAUUAGACGAUGACGAAGUGUUUGGUUUGGUUUUAGAUUACAUGUAUACUGGUUCGUUAACAAUCUGCAUAGAGAAUGUAGAAGCGGUAUUAAGAAUUUCAGACUUUCUUCUUCUGGAUGAUGUGAAGGAAUACUGCAGACAAUUCUACAUCGACUUAGGUAAUUUGGACUUGUCCAAUUGUCUCCGUGUCAGGUUCUUAACUGAAACACAUAAUUUACUUGAUGUUUGUAAUGCCUGUCAGAAGAUGAUUGAGUCACGCUUUCAUGACUAUCUAAUUUUUCACCAUGAUAUCAUAGAAUUACCGCCACAGUAUUUUUUUCAGCUACUGGAGGAUCCAAGAAACGUGAUCCAUUCCAAUUAUUCUGACCUCAAGAAACUUAUACAAAAAUGGGUCGACUUCGAUCGAGCUUCGCGAAUAGAUUUUCAUGAAGACUUGAGCGCUUGCAUCAAACUUUGGGUAUGUGAUUCGACAGACACACCGAGUACUAUGCUGUCCUUCGGUUGCAUGGAUUUCUAUAAAAGUGAAAUAUCUAUGCAAUCUUCACUUACGGACGUCAAUCGCAAGGCCAAAGGGUAUGUUCUUCUAUCUCAGGUGCGAGACAAUGUCAUGCACGGUUCGUUUGGAAUGCAGGAAGAUCCAAAACCAGUAUUAUAUAGUGUAGUCUGUAAUCAAGGUAUGAAAUAUAUUAAGAUGCUUGUUUACAGUAUUUUUGACAGAAAAUGGUACAGUUUCCCUAUACCGGGAGAGAAAUUAUCACAUUUAAUUCCAACAAGACAGACCGUGUGUAGUCUUGUAUCUUACAGAAGUUGCUUAUAUAUGUAUUUAUGUUCUAGUUUUCCGUACCCCACUGAUAUGUUGAAGAUAAACAUACUGAUGAUCGACAUGCUGAAAGGAGCUCCCGUCCUCUAUUCUUUUCGUACUACCGAUUUCUACAACCCUAGCUACCGGACUACAUUAACGAACUACAGAUCCGUCCCUCCAGCUAUUGUGGCAUGUAAUCACCACAUAUACAUUGUUGGCAACAGAGAAGGAACAGGAAAUAUAUUCAUGUGUAAUACAACUAAUCAGCAGUAUAAAUGUUUUCAGAUUCCUGGUGCUCGUUUUAUAAGUCUAGCCAGAGCUGUUGUUAAGAAUGAUCGAUUCAUAUUUCUUUGGUUUAGACAUAGAACUGGUCCAUCGGAAGAAUUCUGUAUCAAGAAAUCUAUUGGCUUCGUUAUGUUUGAUUCUAAAAAUAGAAUUUUUAAUUCCUGGGAAAUAUCUCCUCCGGAAAUUUCUUAUGAUGAUUUUUCAUCUCCAUUCACUUUGUGUGUAAGAGACGAGACAGUUUUAAUUUACCACCCUGGUAAACCGGCACUUGUUCUUGACGAAGUAAGAUACAAAUGGAUUACAUCGUUAAGAAAAGUUCCAUCUUUAGAGUUAACCAAAUAUGCAGACGCAUAUGGCUUCCAUCUACACGUGGCAACAAACAAUGGGAUAUUUGUUUUAGAAAACGAUGCACCAUUUACAACCUCAAUGUACGAAAUAAAUGAAACGUUUCCUCACCCGAUCGUUCACGUUCCUCCACCAAUAGAUAACUUAUCGUUAGUUGCGGCUGGAUGUUUAUCAAGUCAAGAUUUAAACGGACUUGAAUUAUUCGAUAAAUACGACGAAUGCUAUGCAAACGCUCUUCAUGUAACAAUGAAACUGUCCGAACCAGAAACCGAAGAUAGUGGAACCUCUCCUUCGGAUCGUGACUCGGAGAACGAUUUUGAGUAUGAUGAGGAUAUAUAUGAUUAUGACUACGAUCUUACGGGUGAAUACGGGUUCUGAACUUAAUUUACACUAAUGUUUCAUGUAUAGUAUAUUACCAAUAUUUAAUCUAAAUCGUUACAUUUGAAAAUUAUAUAUAUACUUCUA